UAUACAUUGAUAAUAAAUUUGGACUAUUAAAACAUUUGUUAUGUACGUGACGUUACACACUUGUGUUCUUGUCCUCGCCUUCUGCGUGUUAUGUGAGGCAGGAUUGCCACCAAUGCUACUACCACCACCACCGCCGCCCCACCACAUCCCGUGUCCACCUUGGCACAAUUCGCCUUUUCACAAGCUGGGUGGAAACUUGUUUGGAAAUGGUAUGAACUUGGGCUGGAAGGGAGCCGGUUGGCAGGGAGGAGGCUUCGAUAGUGGAAAUAUGGGAUGGGGCAACAAUUUCAACAACUUCCCCAUGAAUGGCGAACAAAAUGGUGGAGGAGGGAUGGGAUUUGACCACAACAAUGUCAAUCCUGGCUUCGGAAGUUACCAAUACUACCAGUACAACUUCGAUCCCAUGCAAGGAAGUGGAGACCUUAGUGGUCCACAUGUGGUUGAUCCCGGCUUUGGAUACAACCAGGAUUCUUGGUCAAACGGAUGGAACACAAAGGGCGGACAGGGCACAAACGGAAACUGGAAUACACAGGGCACAAACGGAAACUGGAACACACAGGGCACAAACGGAAACUGGAACACACAGGGCACAAACGGAAACUGGAACACACAGGGUGGACAGGGCAUGAACGGAAACUGGCCAGGUGGGUCAGUGCCUGUUGAAAAGCUCCUACCGCAAGGAGUAGCGGAACUACCCAAAGGCCGAGUAGUGUGGGAUUGGAACGAACCUGGGCUAGCUGACAGCAUCGCAAUAAACCCACAGUCACACUAGAAAUCAUUACUUUCUUCAAUGGACUUCACGGGGUUACAGUGUGCCAGCCAGGGUUACUUCAAUAUAGUGUGUUCUUUAUUUAUUGUAGGUAGUUUUAUAGUUAAAGUGAUACCACCUUUCUUGAAUUGUCACGUUAAUAUAU